AUGAGAGACUUCCUGUGGGUGAGGUUGUUUCUAAACUUAAACUUGAAUUUCUCCAGAACACUCCAGCACUGCUGUUCAACUAUUUGGUUAAAGCUGUUACACACAUUUUCACAUGAAAUAUUGGUGAGAAGGCCCAUGGAUUAUAAAGUGAGUAUGACGCAUGCAAUUUUAUCACUUAAUUUGUUCGAGAAAAGACACUUCAUGCAGCAGUCUUUAGAAAAGCAUCAAUAAUUACUGACCAUUUGUGAAGAAGCACGAGCCCACAGGAUGAUCUUAUCUACAUCAGUGAGGAUACUUUAAUACCGUAUGUCUCUUCAUCAUUAGAGGAUACCUAAACCAAGGUGCACAAAUAUGUGCUGUGUUAAAAACUGUUCAGUUGUGUGAGCUUUGUGUAAAAGGGAAGGAAGCCCAGACCGUGUACUUUUUAAAAUAAGUUAAAAAAACAACUUCCUUUUCCAAUAUUGCAUUGCAUUUCUUUCUCUGUAGUUCCUGAUUUCUCUUCAUAUGCUGCAGUUUUAAUCUUUCUAUUUACACAAAGUAGAAGAAUUUCUCAUAAACAGAGGAACAGAUUAUCAGUGUUGGAUGUGAAGAUGGGACACACUUUGCUCUCUCUACGGGGUUUUUUCUUGCUGUAUUUACUUUACCGUGGACAAGCUCAAGAUGCUGUGCUGACCAUUGAGCCAAACUGGACCACUUUUUUUUCUGGAGAGUCUGUUACCUUCAAGUGUGACAUUACAGGAGGCAGAUACAGCGACUGGUUUUACUCAAUGUACCACGAUGGUCGAGAAUUUCUCUCUUACGGCAAACAUGACAGCUAUAAAAUACACCCUCUACAUACAAGAUUCAGUGGUGAAUACCAAUGCUUGUUUCAGAACGGGGGAUCAACAAAGACAAGCAAUAAAAUCUAUCUAUAUAUAUCAGACAAAAACGUGAUCCUGGAAAGUCCUGCGUCCACUUUGUUUGAAGGAGAAUCAGUGACUCUGCGCUGUCGGCAUCGUACUCAGAGAGAGGAGAAUGCUUCCUUCUACAGAGACGGAUCAUUGAUCACAACAGACAGAAACCACCAGUCACCAUUAAUGGCAAACAACACAGUUCAAGUAAUGUCAGACGGGAGCUCUUACAGUUGUAAAUUUGGCGAUGAAGAAUCUGAACCAAUAAAACUGAGACUAGAACCUAAAUCAAAGGCCCAGCUGAGAUACAUAUUUCCAGGAGGGGGCCAUGUGACUCUAACUUGCUCUGUAGGACCAUCAUCAUCUUCUGGUUGGAGAUACUUCUGGUACAAAAAAGAGAAAACCUCUGAACCCCUGAAGACACAAGAUGUUGUUUUCCUCACAAAUGACCAAAUCAGUGUCUCACGAGGAGGCGUCUACUGGUGCAGAGGAGGAAGAGGAGACCCUGUUUACUACACAGAGUACAGCGAUGCAGUCGUCACAAACAGGACUGUUGUGACCCUGCAACCCAACUGGCCUCAAAUUUACUCUCGAGAAACAUUCAGUCUUUCAUGUGAAAUUGAGGAUGGAGGAGACUAUGAGUGGGAGUUUUUUUGGAUGACACCCGGGUCAGAAACACCUCAGAAAUCUCACCUUGCUCCUUCAUCAAGAAAUGGGAAAUACCAGUGUGUGGGCAGACUGAAAGGUGAAAUGUCUUACACGCUGUGGAGUGAUGUUUUCACAUUGACAGUAUCUAACGACACACCUGAGCCUGUCCUCACUGUGUCUCCAUCAUGGCCGAGUCCUGGAGCCUCAGUGACUCUGAACUGCAGUGUUGAUCAUCCUUCUGCUGGCUGGAGCUUCUACUGGUAUAAGGCUGUUCCCCAAAAGUCAGACAACUCCUACAGCUAUGAGCUGCUACCUGGCAGCGAGAAUGGGACUGAACAGGAUCUCUUCAUCAUUGAUGGACAAACACACACAGCAGGAUAUGUGUGCAGAGCAGGAAGAGGAGACCGAGUGUUUUACAGUGGGCAUAGUGAACCUAAAUUUGUCUGGUCUGGAGAUUUGAAUUCAGCAGCGUCUCUCACAGUGAGUCCUGACAGUGUGCAGCACUUCACCAAAACGUCUGUGUCACUGAGCUGUGAGGGAAACUCCACUGAGUGGAGAGUGAGGAUGUUUUCGAAAUCUGACUACCUUCAUCGCUGUUCUUCCUGGGGGACAAUGACUGGAUCCACAUGCACAAUAACCAGAUACUGGCUCAGUGGAGUGUUCUGGUGUGAGUCUGAAACAGGACAGUUCAGUAAUGCAGUCAACAUCACUAUUGAGUAUGAUGGUCAAAUGAUCCUGGUGAGUCCUGUCCGUCCUGUGGCUGAGGGACUUCCUGUCACUCUUAGCUGCAAGUUAAAUAAUGAAGCUGCUGUUAAUAAUGUGGAUUUCUAUAAAAAUGACAAACUCAUCCAGAACGAUACCAGAAGGGAGCUGACCAUCUCUGCAGUGUCAAAGUCAGACGAAGGCUUUUAUAAAUGUAAACAGAGAGAUGCAGCACAUGGUUUACAGAAGUGGACGUCACCAGAGAGUUGGUUGUCUGUAAAACCGUCCGGGCAUGGAAAAGCCUCUCAAUUUCCCAUUCUGCUGAUCGUUGGGCUGCUUUGUGGAGUUUCACUGAUUAUUCUCCUGCUGCUGUUCCUGUAUUUAUACAGAAAGUCAAAAGAUUCAUGCUACAUCGGGUUGGUACAACACUCUAUUUUCUUUUAUUAUGAACAUGACAGCAGUAAUAUGUUCCUUCAUAAAUCCAUUUCAUUUACUACAUGUAUUUUGCCCACCAGAUCUCAGAGGACCAAUCAGGUCCCUGCUACAGACCACAUGAUCAACCAGGACGAAACUAACCAAAGAGAAUAUGCUUCUGUUCUUCAGGAUUUCUCUUCAGAUAAUGCUUGUCUCUAUGCAACAGUCAAAGGCCCUGGAGAACCUGCAAAUGAUGAAUACACGGAUGCGACAUAUUCUGUUGUGGAGCUCAAAAACAUUUCUAAGAAGGGAAGUCAAAUCCUGCACCAGUGGAUGAAACUGUUUAUUCUGAGAUCAAACCAGGAACAGCUCUUGGUAAAGAUGCAGCGUAACAUCAUAUCAAAGAAUGUCUUCUGUAAGGACAAGACGAAUGGAAACAACAUACCAAAACGAAACCUUUGUUAAAUAAACCUUAUUUGCAGCUUUGCUCUCCAUUCAUCAGACAGUAUUUUGUACAGUUAAUGUAAUAGCAAAUAAUAUUAAGGAAAUGUAUCAUAUGGCUUUAAUCUAGGUGUGUUUAAAAAAAAGCAUGCUUUGUUUUGCAUCAAUAAACUUGAUUUACUUAAUUGCUUCUACAUGAUUUUCCUUUACACAAGGUGUUUGAUUUGCUUCAUC